AUGGCGCCGACGAGAAAGAGGACAAAAACUGCGCACUCGGAUGAUAGAGGCGCUUCGGUGCUUCUGGCAGACUAUCGCACCGCUUGGCUCCUUGCAUCCGACGAGCCAUCGGCCAAAAUCAUCUGCAAGAAUGAAACCUUCAAAGUCCACAUGAGUGUCAUCAAGCAGCAUUCCGAGUAUUUUGACACGUGCAUAAACAAACCUUUUGCCGAGGCGGAUGGCGUGGUGCAAUUCGACGACAUUGAGCCACGAUACAUGGCCUUUUACCUAGGCGUGGCGUACAGCUACUCGUCCAUCUUGCCGCACACGCCGCCGGCUCCGUCCGAGAAUCCAGAGGCCAAGGCGGUGCGCACGCCUCUCCGCGACUUCAUCGAGGUGUACAAGCUCUGCGACCGGUUCAUGAGCGCACAGAUGGGCGACUUCAUGCUCAAGUGCAUCCGGACGAGCAUCGGGGACGGCCACCGCGCGCUGUUCCGCUCGGCUGCGGAUAAGGACCAGCAGAAGGCGCUGAUGAGGGAUUUCGCCGACGGGUACGAGGCGCUGGAGCAGGGGCACGCGGUGCAGAGGGAGCUGUCGGAGCGCAUAAUAGAGUACUUUGUCGAGGGCGUCUCUUAUGAUGCGUGGGACGAGUACAUGGAGGAGGUGAUGAACCGGCCCAUGUUUGUGGCGCAGGUGUCCAAGGGGUUUGCGAGGAAGCUGGCGGAGGCGCUGGCAGCGAGGCACAAGGUGAAGCGCAAGGAGCUGGGCGGUCCUUAG